CAACCAUGAUUAGUUCUUGUACCCUCAGGUGUUUCUUGUUUUUUUUGUCAUCUUGUUUAGAUUCCCUGUGUGUAUAUAUAGCCAUGUGUUUUAGUCAGUCUUUGCAAGUCGUUGCCUUUGCUGUUUGCAUUCCUGUUCAGGAUUUUGUUCCCGCUCCAUUAUUGGAUUAUCUUUGUUUAUGUUUUUCUUUAAUAAACUUUUGCUGCAUUUAGAUCCUCACCUCACCUCAUCCUCGCCACUGCUGUUGCGCAGUGACUCACAAGAUGGAUCGAGAUGCAAAGACAGACCACAAGACAAACUCAGCAGGUAUUAUCUGGGACACGUUGAGCAAACUUUGUUCCAUUUUUUUCAAAAUGUAUUGAGUAUUUUGUGGAGGAGUUCUUUUCUUUUAUAGCUACCUCAUGCCUGGUGAACAAACAACAAUGGAGACAGAGAACUACAAAAUAAGAGUCCAAGACAGACGCAGGGAACCUAGGCAGGGAUCGUGACAAUCAAGGCAUCAAGGCACAUCCGAAAACAAUGUUAGCUUCACUUCCUGUCUUCUGAGAUACCUUCAUCUGAUUGAUUUUUGAAGGCAGCAUAGAUGUAUCCUUAGCUGUCUAUCCCGGUUGGUGGUCAAAAUGAAAUUUAAUAAACUGAUUAUAAGGGUAAAAACAAUUUAAUUUCACAGAAUCAACUUUUUUGAGAGGUCUGUAAAGAAGCAGAGCCUUAAAAUUAUUGGUGAUCCAAGCCAUAUUCUUUGUAAGGAGUAUGAGCUGAUGCCCUUGGGGAUAACUUAGGUUACCAAACUGUAAGUUGAAUUGGUAUGAAUUUUGUAAAUUAUUGAACCAGUAAUGAUUGGUGUGUGUGAGGGUGAGGGUAGAUGUUUAAUAUGUUGGGUACUGUGUAAUGUCUUAGGUGUAUAGUGUAUUAUUAGAAUUGUGUAUGGCAUUUGGAAAUGUCUUGUGUUGUAAGGAUUGUAUAGAAGAUUGUUUUGUGUUGACCUGAUUUCACGAUUGCACAAGAAUAAAUGAAUAAAGGAUAAAUUAACUAACUAACUAACUAACUUGACUUUACACCAACAAACAAAAAUGUAUGGGUUAGAUCAAGACCGUUGGUGAGGACAGUUGAAUGGAAGGACAUUUUCACUCAGGUUUGCACAUAAAAAGAAUGGUUACUAACCAGGAACAUGGUUGGGAACCCCCUGCUCUAGACCUUGUGUUUUAGUUUUAGUUUUUUUGUUCCACUGACCUAUGUCUUGUUUAACAGCAAAAACGCGUUCUGUAUGAACCGGCCAUAACAGUACAACUUUAAUGUUUUACACGUUAAAUAGAAAGUCAAAAGCACCUGUCUUUCAAACCAGGAAGUGACAGCCCAGAGAGCGCAUGCAAACGAGUGCGAACAGUCUUUAUAGACUAGUGGUUUGUGGUUGUCUAGAAACAACGAAUCUGGAAAGUUUGGGUUUCCGCUGCGUCAGUGUACUACGUGCAUUCCUCUAUUGGCUGAUAUAAUUAAAACCAAACCCUAAGAAAAGAGGAAACUGGAUUUGCAAAGUAGCUGAGCCAAUGCAGAAACUCUUCGAACAAGUAUCUAAGUAGCUGUUUGGGUUGUUCAACAAGACCAACGUACAGCAAGAGAACAAAAACACAUUAUUCCACCGUCUGAUGUGAUGUUUCUGGGGAGUACGACGAGAAACAUAACCCAGACGGCAACAUAGUGUGGCCCAGAUCCGGCCCACAUCAGGUACAUGUGGAUUACACACGGACCAGAUGCAGGCGGGGAAACAUCUUAGAUGACAUGGGGGAUUUCUACGUGACAUUUACUAUCUGAUGCUGAUAGGUGACAUCAUAUCCUUGUGCGAGCAAAACAGGAAAAUGUUUUUGCAUGCUUAAAGAGGGGACUUACCACUUCCUCCUCCAAUACCUUUUACUUUCUGGUGAAGUGAAAAACCAAACUGUUUUCAAAUGUACUUGUUAUUCUCGGUGUCUGACAAGAGUUAGACACGCGAAGAAAAGGAGAACUAAACAGUAUUUACUCGAUAACCUUGAUUUUAUUUAUUUAGAGUUUACACAGUCCAGAUCCAAAAAUGGGGAGUCCAAAUACAAGCAUCUGCGUGAUCAACGACAACAUGGUGCCCUUCGCCACAAUCUACAUCCUCAUCUUCCUGAUUGGAGUGGCUACCAGCAUGGUGGCACUGUGGGCCUUCAUAACCAGCCGAAGUGCUAAAAAGUGCAUUAAUGUUUACUUCAUCAAUCUUCUGACGUCCGACUUCCUCCUUAUGCUGGCGUUACCCGUCAAGAUUGCUAAAGAUCUGGGCAACAAUUCGAAGAGUUUGACCAUCUUUCAUUGCCAAGUGAGCGCACCACUCAUCUACAUCAAUUUGUACGCGUCCAUUAUCUUUCUAGCUUUCGUUAGCGUUCAGCGCUACCUCCAGAUCACUCGCAGCUCCAAACUGCUGCGUCUGCAGGAGGUGGGAUUUGCGAUUCUGAUGUCAUCGGUGGUCUGGUUCCUCGUGCUCUUCAUCAAUGUGCCCAACAUGGCCAUCCCCAUCAAAGAAAACAUCGAAGACAAAGUUGGGCUAACAUGUUCUGACUUAAAAGAUGAUUUGGGCAAGCACUGGCACGCAUUGUCUGUAUUUCUGGGCAUGGCUAUCUUCUUCAAUGCCUCAGUAGCUGUGCUUUUGUCCAAUGGCCUGGUCUUGAAGCAGCUUUGGGGUCGCCGUGAAUGCGACCCUGAGGAACAGGCUAGUGCCCGACAUGCCUUCAUAAACAUUGCGUUGGUGAGCUUGGCUUACGUGGUGUGCUUUGUGCCGUACCAUGCCGUGCGUAUGCCGUACACUUUUACGCAGAUACAGGAAACCAAAUGCACGCUGAGGAAAAAUCUCUUUCUGGCCAAAGAGUCUACUCUACUUCUUGCCAUCCUGCACCUGUGCUUUGAUCCUGUGCUGUACUUUGUCAUCUGCCGUGCAUUCAGGCAUCAGAUCACGAAGGCCUUCUCAAACAAAAGCGCUGUUCCAAAUGCAGAUCCAGAGUGAAAACUCCAUCGGAGGAGAGUUAUGGACCUAGUAUCAGUGCAGAAUCCUUUGUUGAAUGUUAAUGCAGGGUGACGAAAGUUUCUUGAUGAACUGCAGAUUGGUGAUGUAGGAAAAGCAAAAAAGCUGAACACAGCAGAAGACUGAAGUCUGGGGGAAAGGAGAAUGCACAAAGACCUUUCGCCAAAAAUGUCAAUUGAAAAAGUAGCUGCAAUACAAGUUCAUGGAACUCUAUAUUUAAACAUAAGCCUUCUAAUAUAACCAAAGCUACAGAAGAUGGACUGUGCAAUGAUGCUCAAAUGUGGAUUAUACAAUGAUGUUUGUACUGUAUGUUUAUGUGUGUGUGUGGUUGGGAGUUUUCCCUACAAUAUGGGGACAUUUUUUGGUCCCCAUGAGAAAAAAUAAUGAAAAUGAAAUGAGAAAAAUGAUGUUCUUUGAAAAUGUAAAAAUGCAAUGAAUUUAAUAAAAAAAAAAAAAAAAAAAAAAAGUUUUAUCUAUGUAAUCUUUAAUCAUUCAGUAAAUAAAUUGUAUUCCACAUCCAAAAUUUCUGAAAAUAAAUAAAUAAAUAAAACAAAACAAUGAACAAUAAAAACAAUAAAUUAAGCCUGUUUCUCAAAUUGUAAGGGUUGAUUAUAAAGAUAUGUUUUUAAAUCUCUUAACUCUUGUUACACACACACACACACACACACACACA